GAGGAGGAGGGAGUGCCUUACCGCAGUAUCACUAGAUUUCUGCAGCACUCAUCAAAACUCUGCGGCAUGCAGACAUAGAGCUGGGGGGGAGGGCAGUCACUAGGUCUGUGCUGAGUGUAGGACCGCUACCUCUGUCCAUUUUUUUCUGUUCAUAGGCAGGCUGCAGUGCUCUUUUCACUUUCAUUUGCGCGCGUUGAGUUUUUAAGCAGGCCUCUUUAAUUGCCUCUCUUCCUCACAGUGGUACAGUAGAGGUCUCUCUCUCUCUCUCUCUCUCUCUCUCUCUCUAUCUCUCUCUCUCUCUAUCUCUCUCCUCGCUUCCUCUCUGCUGUCUAGCUAAUAAGCAACCCGGCGCUUAUUGCAUUAGGGCGCAUCUACCAUCAGAGGUCCCGACUUUUAUGACAAAAUGGCAAAGGAUGGAGAAAAGAACGAGUGGAAGGAGUUUAUAUGGAACCCCAGGACGAGGGAGUUUCUGGGCAGGACGGCGAGCAGCUGGGGUCUUAUUCUUCUCUUCUAUCUAAUCUUCUACAUCUUCUUGGCCGGCCUGUUUGCUCUCACCAUGUAUGUUAUGCUGCAGACCUUGGACGACCACAAACCAACCUGGCAAGACAGGCUCUCUACACCAGGCAUGGUCAUUAGACCCAAAGCGGACGAGACCUUCGAGAUUGUCUAUAACACCAAGAACACCGAGAGCUGGGACAUGUACACUCAGACCCUGGAAAAGUUCCUGACACCUUACAACGACUCCAUCCAGGCCCAGAAAAAUGACGAGUGCGUCCCAGACCAGUACUUUGUGCAGGACGACAGCGGUGAGGUGAAGAACAACCCCAAGCGCUCCUGUCAGUUCAACCGCACCAUGUUGGGGAGCUGCUCUGGAAUCCAUGACCAUUACUAUGGAUACCCGGACGGCCAGCCAUGCAUCAUCAUCAAGCUGAAUCGGGUGAUUGGAAUGCUGCCAGGAAAGGAUGGACAGGCUCCGUAUGUCACCUGUGGUGCAAAGAGAGAAGACACUGACAAAAUAGGAAAGUUGCAGUACUUCCCUGAAAAUGGCACUUUCAACCUCAUGUACUACCCUUACUAUGGAAAGAAAGCUCAGGUGAACUACUCUCAGCCUUUGGUUGCCGUCAAGUUCCUUAACAUUUCUGCCAAUGAAGAUGUCAACAUCGAGUGCAAGAUAAACGCCAACAACAUUCCCACUGGAAACGAAAGAGACAAGUUUGCUGGACGAGUUUCUUUCAAGCUGAGGAUCAACAAAGAUAAUUAGGUUGACCUUUUCCUCUCCUGAAAACUACUACUUUCUUCAUUCUUUGCAACAUUGCACAUACACAGAAACCAAUCGCAGAAUUCACACCCUUUUUAGGAUUUGUUUACAACCCCUCCCCCAAAUUUUGGGGGGAGAUUGUCCAGUUAUGUCAGGAGAUGAGGCGAGAAUUAAAGGGUGGUAAUCCUGUCAUUAUUUCUGUCUGUGAGCUUUGGGACAAAUUCUUUCCUGUACAUUAGUUUGAGGUGACGUCUAUUUAUACUGCAUGACAAACUAGGGGUUAUAAAGGAUGUGAACAUGUGUUUUCAAAGUUUGCAAGGAUCAGCAACGUUACCACUUUAUUGCUGCUCCCCUCCUGCUGCCUCCCAAUAGAGUAUCCCUCUAUAUAUGAAUAUACACAAAUUACAAUAAAAAAUGUGUAUAUCUACAGUAUUUAUAUGGUAUCAUAACCUUAUGUCAAUACAUCUAUUUUGUUGCACUUAAAAGAAUAUUCCAACAGACAUGUGUAUAUCUUGAUGGAUGGAUGCAGAGAUGAAGCCAUUUUGCAUGUGUGUAUUGUCUUUAGUGUGCUUUGAGGGCAGGAGGCCCCUGUGUCCCACCUCUCUGCUAAGUGUGAAAUGAGGUUAUGUUAAACCGCUGACCACCAGGAGGGACCACGCUGUAAUCUCUGCUUUCAAGUGUGUGUUUCUCGAAAACAACAUAUGAUAGGAAUCUCCCAAAAAAAGGAGUUACACUAGAGGUCAAGGGUGUGUUUGUGUGUUUGUGUGUUUGCGUGUGUGCUCCAUUCACAGUUCCCAUCUCAUACCGUAGGUCGGGAAAUUGCAUGCAAUGUGCAAUAUUCAUUAAGUGGCAAACAUUAUUGAAUGCUUGAGUCCAUCCUUCAGAUGAGAAGACUUCUACCAAAUGAUAAUUAUUUUUUGGAUCAGUUUAUAUUCACAUGGGUUGUUUGACCUGAGAGCAGCUUGUAAAAUAGAUAUGGGUAUUUGGGUAGCUGGGAAUGGUCAUAGGUCAACCUAUGAUAUUCAGACAUCUUGAAAACCUCAAAUUGAUGAACACAUCUGUGUUUUUGCCUCCAAAACUCCCAGUCAGUUAGUGGUCAAACAGCUCUCUGUCUCCCAGACUACAGUUAUCAGCCCAAACAUCCCUCUCCAUAUCGAGUGAAAACUGCAGAAAUGAUCCUCCUGCUACACUCCAUGUCACCAUCUGUCAUUUUAUUCCUAUUUCUUGUGUCUCAAUUUUUCAUUAAUUCAUACAUGAAUAUUUAGAGUUUUUGGUGGGGUUUGUUUUUUGCAUGUGUUACAUCUAUUUCAUAUGUAUCAGAAAUAGAUGCCAUUGUCAUAUUUUGUAUUGAUUUGCACUGGAAGUGUGUGUUUUUUUUUCUUUUUUGUGAAGCUGAGUUAAAUUAAUUAAGGUAUGUACAGUUUUGGAGGAGAGGGAUGUAGAGAGUUUGUGUUUGUUCCCUUUGUCUCAUUCAUACUCAUUAUCAUCCUCUAAAAUAUUCAUCCAGGAUAUCAUAAAUAUAUAGCUUACAUCUUCUUUUAAAAUUGACUAGAAUCUCAAUUAUUGUGAAUUGUUAGUGGAUCAGAGUUUCGUUUUAUAGGCACGUAGAUAAUGGACAAAACUGGAACAUGAUAUUUUUCCAUUUAAUUUGUUUUUGGUUGUUUUUUUUUUUUUUGUAGUUGUUGUAGUAUUCUCCUCUGUUAUAUGGAUCAGCAAAGCCAUCACUAUAAUUAGACAACCAAUUCAAAUAACCAACCUCUUUAAAAUUCAUAAAUUAUGCCUGAGCUCAGUGUUUACUUGACGUGCGUUCACUGUGCAGUACAGUCGUAAGGAACACCUGCAAGUGUUGAAAAAUCUGUGGAGUCACACUUUUAAACGUUACCCUGACACGGCCACAAAAUAGCACCAAAUGCGACUGUGAUCCUGCCAUGUCAUCACGGCUAAUGUGGAACACAAGCAUCUGUUCGCUCACAUUAAGGUCUGGCACGACUCCACUGCUUAAUUUCUCUCACAGAAAUGUGUUUCUCAGUAUGCUCGUAAAAAUAUCCCACACUGGUCUAAAGAGGAUUUCGUUAUCUAAUUCAGAUUUGAAAAAGAAAGGCAGGAAGACAGUUAGAUCUGAUGCGAUUAUCUGAUCUAUAGCUGAGGGGUUAUUCAUGAAGAUAAAUGUGCCCUUACAGUCAUCUGAGGCUCUUUUUUUUUUUUUUUUUUUUUGCUUUUUUGUGACAGUCCACCGACCACUUCACAUGCAGUUCUCCCCCUGGCAUUCCUGCAACACUCACUUAAUUUCACUCUAAUCUCUUAAUCUGGUCAGCUAAUCCAGAGCAGGCACGCUGAACCUCUUUACCCUACUUUGCCACUCCUUCUCCUUGUGUCAAACACUUGAUUCACUGUCAUCGUCCUCAAGACAGAUAAAGCAGAGGUUCAUUCCUUCCUCAUUUUUUUCCCAUUCGUUAUUAAAUUGAAUGAAGCCAUUUUAAAUCACAGCACAGCACAUACAGUGUUUUGCUUUAUCAUCUUAUUGGACAUGCUUAUUUUUCUUAUGUGCAUGUGAAGAUUUGUUCUUCAACCAAAGAUCCUCAUGACAGUUUCAAUCUGAUUUAUUUUUGCUGCGAUGACACUGCAGCAGACCUGCAUAGACACUGCAGGAUCCAGGUAGAGGGCAACAGACCCUGUGUUAUUAGAAGGCCUACUCUUAUGUAAUAGUAAUACGCACAAAAGGAACAUGUUUCAUUACAACAUAACAGUGCCUCCUGGUGGACAGACAGUGUUGUUCCCCAGUGUCACAGAAUGUUCUUUCCUUUUAUCUCCAUUUAUCCCUUUUUUUCUGUGAUAAUUUGGAGAUGUCCUCAAAAAGCAAUAUAUUUAUUUCUUGUGUGGCUGUAUGAUGUAUUUAUUGGAAAGGCUGUGAUGAAAUCAGUGCAGCAUGUAUUAUCAAGAGCAAAGAUGAAAAAGGAUAGGACAUAUAGAUAUUGCAUUCGGGCAUUUUUGCCAGGGCGUGUUAUUACCACGAUGGAACAAUAUAUAAAAACUACAGUUUUGUUUAUAAAAGAGUAUUUUUAUUGCUAUCUUGUUGUAAAGAGGAGAGAAUGUAUUAGCUUGGAUUGUAUCAUGUCAUGGGAGCUACCUGGUAGGUUUUCAUCAUUUAAUUCAACGAAUGGCAAAAUGUUAACAGCUUGGUUAGAAAAGUUUUUGGGUUUUUUUUAUGUAGAAACAUUUUUUUCUGUCAUUGUUUGAGUCCUUUCUACUUUCUUAAAUUGAGCUCGUAAAGCUUGCAAUGAAAGCUCUCUGAACCCUGGGGUCUAUUGUAUUAGAAUUAAGACGGAUUCAUUACAAAUAAUGAUGGUAGUGGAGGAAAUAAAUCAGAAUCAGCAGUGCUUUCAGAGAACUUUCUAGUGCACAACAAUCAGAAAAAUUUCAAAACAAAACUACAAAUCCCAAAAUAAAUGUCAGAGAGAGUCAAGUAUUUGUGUAAUUUCAAGAAACCUUAUUACCCCCAUCUGAUCCCCUUGUCUUACAUCGUAUUAUUGCAUAAGACUGUGGUGUUCAAGAAAGCAACCAUGAAAUUUGUUGAAAUAUUCUCACCCAAAAGGAUGAUAAUUCUACUCUGGAUCUUUAUUUUUUGCUCUUACUGUAUGUAUAUUUUUGCUCAUGUUUACUGCAAACCAAGAUAGAGAAAUAAAUAAAUGUCAUUUAAGGGAACUCAAA